GGUCGCAACCCGUUGAGUCUCUGCACAGCUGCCGCUCGGACGCGUUUUCCGCGUGUCCCCAGUCCUGGCGGCCCCGCGAGCUCUGUCCGUGCGGGGAAAGCAGGGCUGACGCCGUCUGCGGAGAGGACUGCGCAGCCGGGCUUAUGUGGGGCCGCGCGUAACGGCAGCGGCGACUCCCUGCCCAGGCCGGCCAGCACAGGGCCAUGGCCGAGGCGGCUGCGCCUCCGGACUGGCAUAUGCAGACUGAAUUCCAGGGAGAGGCCCAGAUCCUAUCUGCAGAGAGCUCCCUUCUGGCUGUCAUGGCUGCUGUUCAGGUGGUGGAGAAGAAGAUGGAACCCCAGGCUGCCUGGCUACAGAUCCUGGAGGGAAGCACACGGACAGCCAAGAAGAAGCUGGCCGACUGCGAGAAGGUGGCUGUGGAGUUCCGGAACCAGCUGGAGGCAAGUGAGCCAUGCUGGGGACCCUGCUGCAGGAGUACGGGCUGCUGCAGAGGUGGCUGGGGAACGUGGAGAACCUGCUGUGCAACAGGAACUUCUGGAUCCUGCGGCUGCCCCCGGGCAGCAAGGGGGAGGCCCCCAAGGCUGGGCCACCACCAAGCCAGAUCUUCUGGUGCCAGUGGAGAAAGGAGACAGGCAGGCAACUGCAGCCUGCCCAGUACAGAGAGGGGCCAGAGCCCGGGCACUGAUGCAGGCCAGCUGGAAACAUCCCCAGGCAUUCUGUCCUGGAUCAAGCAAGAGGAAGGGGCAAGUGGGAGGAGCCAGCAGGGCCCACAGGAGACCACUGGGGCACACCUGUGCUCAGAGACCUGUCCGGGCCGCAAAGAGGAGAGGAGUCUGGAGGGAGGGUCCGAGGGCCAGGAGCCAGUUUGGGCUGCUGGAGGGGGGCCUGGCAAGGAGGGCUCUGGGGGAAGCACCUGUGGGGGUCUGCUUCCUGACCCCAGGGAGCGAGAGGUGGCCUCCCUCCCUCCAGGCCCCCCGAGCCAGGCUGAGCCAGCCGCUAGGGGCACGGAGCAGUGCCCACCUUGCGCCCAGUGUGGCCAGAGCUUGGGACAGAAGGAGCUCAGUGCACCGCACCAGCGCGCGCAUCAUGGCCCCCCGCCUUUUGCUGGUGCUCAGUGUCCCAAGAGCUUCCCGCAGCGGGCCACCCCCCACCAGCCACCGUCCGGCGCACGUGGCCGAGCGCACCUACACCUGCGCCCAGUGCGACAAGACCUUCGUCCACCAGUCGACGCUCACACCCACUACAGCGCGCACAUCGGGGAGAAGCCCUACGAGUGCGCCGAGUGCGCCAAGAGCUUCGGCCGCCUGUCCACGCUGCUGGAGCACUGGCACACGCACACGGCACUAUCUCCUAUGAAGUCUACGAGAGGAAAUCAUGACAAGUUCCUGAUCAGAUAAAAACCACUGCAUCAUUAAAGGGGAUUAAAAAGAGGCACAAAUAAAUCUGAAUAGAAAUAUCCA